AUGGCGUCCGACCUCCCCGCCUCUGUUGAGGCUCUUACCCUCCAAUCCACAACAUCCACAUCCGACUACCCAGGAUGCUUUCCCUCUUUGAACCCUAUGGACAUCUACCGCGAGCACAUUGCGACCGAGCUGAGCAAGGGCUCUGGCAUUGAUGCCGAGCUGAUCUACACCCGCCUUGCGUGGACCAACAGUCUCGACAAGGGUGAUUUGUCGCUGCCCGUCGCUUCCCUCCGUAUCAAGAAGAAGCCUCAAGAGCUUGCCGAGGAGCUGGCUUCAAAAUUCCCCGAAUCCGACCUCGUCCACCCUCCCACGGCCGCUGGUCCCCACCUGGCGUUCUUCUGCAAGGCCCAGCCUCUGGCAAAGACUGUUCUCGGUCGCGUCUUGACUGAGAAGGCCGCCUAUGGUACAAAUGGAAACGCCGGUCUGAAGGACCCCAAGGACCCCUCCAAGGGCCAGAAGAGAAUCAUCAUUGAGUUCUCUUCGCCGAACAUUGCGAAGCCUUUCCACGCUGGUCACCUGCGUAGUACUAUCAUUGGUGGCUUCCUUGCCAACCUGCACACCGUCCUGGGAUGGGAUGUGAUCAAGAUGAAUUACCUCGGUGACUGGGGUAAGCAAUACGGUCUUCUGGCCAAUGGCUUCAAGUACUUCGGUAACGAGGAGGCCUUGCAAAAGGAUCCCAUCAACCACCUGUUCGACGUCUACGUCAAGGUCAACCAGCUUGUCGCCGAGCACGACAAGCCAAUUAAGGACCUCAAAGAGGAGAUCAAGGCCAAGAAGGAGAAGAAUGAGGAUAUUUCCGCCCAGGAGGCCGAGCUCGCCAAGCUCGUCGAGGUCAGCGAGGAUGAGAAGGCUCGUCGCUACUUCAAGAGCAUGGAGGACGGUAACCCCGAGGCACUGGCUCUCUGGCGCCGCUUCCGUGACCUCAGUAUCGCCAAGUACAAGCAGACCUAUGCUCGUCUCAACAUUGACUUCGAUGUUUACUCUGGUGAAUCCCAGGUCAAGAGCGAGAGCAUGACCACGGCCUACAAGGCUAUGGAGAAGGCCGGCGUGGCGGAGGAGUCCGAGGGUGCCAUCAUUGCCGAUUUCACCAAGCACGGCGCUAAGAAGCUCGGAAAGGCCAUCAUUGUCCGCAAGGAUGGUACUCCCCUUUACCUGACCCGUGACAUCGGUGCCAUUAUCGAGCGUGAUGAGGCCUACCACUUCGAUAAGAUGAUUUACGUUGUCGCUGCCCAGCAGGAUCUCCACCUUGCUCAGCUGUUCAAGAUCACCGAGCUGAUGGGCCGCAAGGAUCUUUCCGACCGUUGCGAGCACAUCAACUUCGGUAUGGUGCACGGUAUGAGCACUCGCAAGGGUACCGUGAAGUUCCUGGAUGAUAUCCUGCGUGAUGUGGGUGACAAGAUGCACGAGGUGAUGAAGAAGAACGAGGUCAAGUACCAGCAGGUCGAGAACCCCGAGCAGACUGCCGAUACCCUUGGUAUCACCGCCGUCAUGGUCCAGGACAUGACUGGCAAGCGUAUCAACGGCUACACCUUCAACUUGGAGGCCAUGACCUCCUUCGAGGGUGACACCGGUCCUUACCUGCAGUACGCCCACGCCCGUCUCUGCUCCAUGACCCGCAAGUCUGAGUUGAACGUGGACGACCUGCCGUCGGCCAACUUUGAUCUCCUCACCGAGCAGCAUGCCAUCGAUCUCAUCCGUCUGCUCGCAUCUUGGCCGGAUGUUCUCCUUAACACUGCCAAGACCCUGGAACCCAUCACUGUUCUAUCUUACCUCUUCCGCAUGACUCACAUGCUGAGCUCGAGUUACGAUGUCCUUCGGGUCAUUGGCAGCGAGCCCGAGGUAAAGAAGGCCCGUAUGGCUCUGUAUGCCGCUGCUCGCCAGGUCCUGCACAACGGUAUGCGGGUUCUUGGUCUCAACCCUGUUGAGCGGAUGUAA